GGCGAUGGGGCGCAUCGAAUGGGCCAUGUGGGCGAACGAGCAGGCGCUGGCCUCCGGCUUGAUUCUAGUGACCGGCGGUAUUGUGGCGGUUUCUGGCCAGUUCAAGAAUUGGCAGUUUGCAGCCUAUUCAAUAGCAGCCGGAGUAUUUAUUUGCCUGCUGGAGUAUCCCCGAGGGAAGCGGAAAAAGGGGUCCACUAUAGAGAGAUGCGGCCAGAAGUUUUUCACGCCUGUCGUGAAGGUGUUUGGACCUCUCACUAGGAAUUACUAUGUUCGGGCCAUACUACACGCAUGCCUGGCCAUUCCGACGGGAUUCUUGCUGGCCACGGUCCUCGGCACAGUUUGCCUGGCUAUCGCAAGUGUUAUCUACUUACUGGCCGCCACCCGUGGCGAACAGUGGGAUCCCAUCGAAAUGAGGGCCCGCGAACGGCCGCUGGAACCGGGAGUCACCAUCAAACACCCACCCACCAACCCACCGCCUCGUCCGCCGGUCGAGGCGCGCAAGAAGCAAGUCCAGGAGGAGCCUGUUGGCCAAGUAAACCCCAUCGAGGUCAUCACAGAAGUGGAAUGAUGGGCCGGGCCUGAGGGGAGCUGUUUUACUGUGCCUGAGGGGGGAAAUUGCCAUUCCUUGGCCGGUCUGCAGAUAUCGCCCUGUAGCCUGCCUUCACGGAUGCCCUGCUGCUUUCCCAGUUCCCUCCUGGACACUCCCCACCAGGUCCAGGCGCCAUGUUUGCUUAGCCAAAAGGCCUGGUGGCAGCCAUUUUGUUAGGAGGGUGGCGAGAAUCUCCAGGCAUGGGUGCUUCUAGCUCAGCCUUCCUCAAGCUGGGGCGCUCCAGAUGUGUUGGACUACAACUCCCAGAAUGCCCCAGCCAGCUGGCUGGGGCAUUCUGGGAGAUGCAGUCCAACACAUCUGGAGCGCCCCAGCUUGAGGAAGGCUGUAGCUGGUGUCCUUUCCGGGCUCUCCCUUUUCUGUAUGGGAACCGUUCUGUUCGCUCUACGAUUUCUCACGUUUUUUACAUUGUAAUAAAACGACCUCCUUUGGGCGUCUUA